GCGGCGCGAUCCGGACGCCCGGGCGGCGGCGGGAGCCGCGGGCCCGACCCCUCCCCGCUCGUCCGCGCCGGCGCCGCGCGUGGGCCCCGCGCCCGCGGAGACAUGAGCGCCCGGCGGCCCGGCCCCGCGGCCCCGUGAUGGGCUCCUGCGUGUCGCGAGAUUUGCUCACAAGUGCCCACAAGGACUGCCCCAUGCCCCAGGGCACGGCCCCCCUGAACCCAGACUUGCCCUCCAUCGUGGCUCCAGACCAUGUCACUGGCAAGGACAAACGGAUGGAUUUCUGUUGGGAUCCUUGGCAGAGGUGCUUCCAGACCACCAAUGGCUACCUGUCCGACUCCAGGUCCUGCUCCAGCAACUACAGCGUGGCAGCCCUGGCCACCUCGUCCCUCGUGGGAGUGGUGCAGAGCAUCAAGGACCACAUCACAAAGCCCACGGCCAUGGCCCGCGGCCGGGUGGCCCACCUCAUCGAGUGGAAGGGCUGGAGCGUGCAGCGGGCGGGCUGGGAGCUGCCCCCGGCCGCAGACGAGGAGCCUUACUGCCGCCUCCCGGAUGAGCUUCGCGAGGCCCGCUUUGCCGCAGGGGUUGCUGAGCAGUUUGCCAUCACGGAGGCCACACUGAGCGUCUGGUCCUCGUUGGACGAUGGAGAGCUGGGCCUGGAGAGCGGCCCCGCGGACAUCCUGCAGCUCCAGGACCUGGGGAGUGUCUACCUUCAGGACAGCCUUCUGAGUGUCCGCUCGCAGGACGACAGUCUUCUGGCCUUCUCCUCCCCCGACGGCUGGCCCUCCCCUGACGAGCCCCCCAGCCCCGGAUGGUAGCUCUGGCCGCGGCUCCCAGGGGCCCUGGGCCUGAGGCGGGGCCGGACCGCAGGGCCCCCUCCGCUCCGGGGACGGCGGCCUGCCCUCUGAGGAGGAGGACGAGGUGUUCUACAACUGAGGAGGGCCAGGCCGCUCCCGCUGUGGCCCAGCAGGCAGCCCAGAGCCAUCAGGACCCAGGGCGCUGGGUGGGCGUUUUGUGACCCCUCGGGGUAGGCGCGGGGUUGGGGCGGCACUCCUGUGGAGUGUGCCUCCUGGACAUCCCCUGCCUCCCCCAUGGGAGCCGUGAUCCCCUUCCCCCUCUCUACCUGGCUCAGGAGGGCGCCUUCCCUGAAGGGUGUCUGCCAUGGGCAGGCUCGAGGACUCUCAGCAGACACCCGGGCAGACUGCCCAGAGGAGCCUACAGCUACGCAAGGGCGUGGGGACCCCGCUCAGCCCCAGGCUCAGCCCUCCGCCCUCUGCCUGUGCUCUGGCCCCAUCAGAGGCGGCGGCCCCUCGGGGUGCUGACCCCUGCUUCUCGGGGCGCUGACCCCUGCUGCUCAGCGCUCUUCACGGGACUCUGUCUCGGGGUGUUUGUUGGCCCCUCACUCUCCAGAUCCACUCCCUGGGGCCCUGCUUCCCCUCCUCACACCCCCUUCCACCUCCAGGAAGGUUCUCAGCAGACAUUAAAGUGGUGGAUUCUCCAUGGA